UAAGCACAAGAGCAGUCAUGCACACAGCCGUGUGUAAGUAGUAGAACAUGACUCCGGGCCUGGACCAGUCACACACGGUAACCACCCCCGGCCUCCACAGCAGAGCUUCUAGGUUUUUCUUUAAAUUUGAGCUGGGACCUGUCCCCGUGACGUCAGCACAACCCCGCCCAACACUUCUCGCUAUAGGGCAAGAGCAGUAGACUCGUCAGUGUAGUAGGCGUAGACUUGUCCGAGUUUGUAGCGCAUGCGUAGUAGGGCAACGAGUUAGGGGGAGGGAGGAGCCGCCAUUGCUGUGGCCGGUGUGACAGGAACCGAGAUCUGGAGCGCAUGGAACCCAUUCACGCUAACGGGCCUUAGCUCCCGGGGGGCGCGCCGUUUUCACCGUGUAGCUUGUCGGCUAUUGUGGUUUUAAGUGUUAAUAGGAAACGACUUACAGGGGGAGGAGGGGGGCUGGGAGUAAGGGAGAGCGAAAAGGGGUGUGGGAGGGAAGCAGUACCCGGGGAGGAGGUGACUUGAGCGCACGGCUGGUUACUGAUCGGUACCUCUCCAGCUGAGGGAGCAGCACGGACACUCGGCGGACCGUUAUACGGGGCGGCGCAGGUGACAGCAGGACGGGGGCCCCAGGCUCCAUUUGAUGGAUCCUCGGAUCGCCUGGUUCCAGCCAGAACAGCUCGGCCCCUCCAACAGCCUGUGGAUGCAGAUCUGGGAGACGACGCAAGGCCUGAGGAACCUGUACUUCAGCCACAGCAGCCCGGCCUCGUCCCCCGCUCACAGCGGCUCCUCCACCAGCAGCUCCUCCGGCUGUGAAGCCACCAUGUACCGGGACACUGGGCCGGUCCAGGCCUCUCCUCCCGCCCCCGCCACCUCUCCACUGGCGGAGCAGGGGGACUUCUUAUCCUUGGAGACCUCCAACAACAACAACCAGCAGCAGCAGAGCCCGGGGGGCUGGAGGAAGGACCUCACCAACCGCAACAAGCGCAAGCGGGAUAACAAGGCCAGCACCUUCGGCCUCAACUACACUCAGCUGCAGGCCGGGGCCCCGGGGAGCCACAGCUCCGGAGCCGCCUACACGGGGACACCCUGGAAGAGCCGCAACUACAGCGACGAGGUCAUAGGACUUCAUGAAGAAAUUCUCGACUUCUACAAAUAUAUGUCUCCGCGGCCUGAAGAGGAGAGAAUGAGAAUGGAGGUUGUUAAUCGAAUAGAAAAUGUCAUUAAAGAGCUGUGGCCAAGCGCAGAUGUUCAGAUAUUUGGGAGUUUCAAAACAGGACUUUAUUUGCCUACCAGCGACAUUGAUCUUGUUGUUUUUGGGAAAUGGGAGAAUUUACCACUUUGGACUCUUGAGGAGGCUUUGCGAAAACACAAGGUGGCCGAUGAAAACUCUGUCAAAGUACUGGACAAAGCCACGGUACCUAUUAUUAAACUAACAGAUUCAUAUACUGAAGUCAAAGUUGACAUAAGUUUUAAUGUGCAGAAUGGGGUGAAAGCAGCCCAGCUCAUCAGGGAUUUUAUCAAGAAGUACCCAGUUCUUCCAUAUUUAGUGCUGGUUUUAAAGCAGUUCCUGUUACAGAGAGACCUUAAUGAAGUGUUUACUGGAGGCAUAGGGUCAUACAGUCUUUUUUUAAUGGCUGUCAGUUUUCUGCAGUUGCACCCGCGAGAAGAUGCCUGCAGUCCAGAUGCCAACUAUGGGGUUUUGCUGAUAGAAUUUUUUGAACUUUAUGGAAGGCAUUUUAACUAUUUAAAAACUGGAAUCCGAAUAAAAGAUGGCGGUUCAUAUGUUGCCAAGGAUGAGGUACAAAAAAGUAUGUUGGAUGGAUACAGACCAUCUAUGCUGUACAUUGAAGAUCCUUUGCAGCCUGGCAAUGAUGUGGGAAGAAGUUCAUAUGGGGCCAUGCAGGUGAAACAAGCUUUUGAUUAUGCAUAUGUCGUCUUAAGCCAUGCUGUUUCACCUAUAGUAAAGUGCUAUCCCAACAAUGAAAGCAAAAGCAUUUUGGGACGGAUUAUUCGAGUCACAGAAGAAGUAGUUGCUUAUAGAGAAUGGAUAUCAGCGAAAUGGGGCCAGCAAAAUAGAUCAGAACCACUAUACAACGGGAAUGAAGUGACCUUGAUAGUGGAUGUUCACCAUUUGGAUCAGUGUAAUAAUAAUGUGUCUAGUCAAAAUUCUGCCUUGGGACAAGCAAAGAAUAAGACGACUGAAACUCUUGGUAAACAUUCGUCCAAUUCAUCUGGUCCUCUGUCUUCCUCCUCUUCCACCCUCUCCAGUUCCAGUGAUGUGAAAAAAGUCAUUAAACGUCUGUGCAUUCAGGACUCAGACGGAACUCCAUUCAAGACGUCAAAGCAGCCAAGUUGUCGACAGGCAAGUGAUAGUCGAACCGGUCCUCAGGAAUCCUGCACCAGCUCUUCACAACCCAGCAGCAAACCACAAGCUAGCCAGAGUGUCAGCUCCUCAAACAGCAACAUCAAGUCCCAGCAUGGCACAACCAGGCUUUUCCGUUCAGUGUCCUCCAGCAAAGGUUUCCAGACUCAACCCAACACAAGCCAAGGCACAUCAGUGCCAAGCCGACAUCUACAGAGUGGCAAAGCACAGCACCAGCACUAUCAUAGCAAAAAACGCAAGCACAAGCGGGAAACGGACCUUUGUAGAUAGCUGUGAGAGCUGGACUUCUGGGACCUUCCUCAUUGUGCCGCAACACAGUUCAACUGUAUCCAAUGGCUUCAUGACUGUACUGGAAGCUUACAAACUUUUGAGUCGGUUUCUUUUUACUUUGGUUUUUCCCAGCUGACCACAGAAUUGGAUCAUGAACACUUUAAGCAAAAAGGAAAAAAAAAAAGAAAAAAAAACUAACAAAAAAAGAAGAAAAAUCUAUAUAUAAAAUGGCUGCUCAUUUGAUAAAAAAUAGGGAGCUAAACAAUUAUUUGCACUUCUUUAUCAGCACCUGUGUGCUGGUUUAUAGGACUUAGAUAGAAAUAUAAGAACAUUACAAAGUUAAAUUUCAGAACGGGGUGCAAUUUGCAGAAACCCACCUUGUUAUUUGGGAACUUUAUUUCUGCAUGAUGGUUUUUUUUUAUCAUUUUGAAUAUUCUACCAUUUUAUUGUGCAUACUACAGUAUAUGAAAUUGCACUUUUGUAAUGGUGCAAAUGCUUUUUACAUAAAUCUUUACAAAAAGAAAAAAAAAUUGGAAUAGUUUAGUGAAAAUGUCAAUCGCAUUGAGAUUAAGUUGAUUUUGGUCACCCUGAAAGGAUCAUUUCUACUCUGUUGCCCAUUGUCAAUUAUUUAUUUUUAUAUAUUAUAUAUAUUUAAAUAAUGGCAAAUUAUUAGAAGGCAGAUGGCCUGACCAUGGGAAGAAUGUAGCACAUUUUUUUUAAAUGUCAUUUUGACAAAUGCUUUUCUGUCAUUCUUUCUUUUUUUUUUUUUCUUUGUCGCAUCAGACUGUGUUACGAUUGAAUGAAUGAGGGAUAACACCAGGAAAAGUGCAUCAGUAGAGGUUGUGUGGUGUUUAUGUAGGUAACAACUCUACUUACUGAUGUGUUCCUACCAACACUUGAAUGCCUUCAAAAAUAAAGAUCCAUCAUAUGCCUCAUCUAUUUUGCAGUCAGAUUGCCUGGGCAGUCCUGUAAGGAACAGGUCUAUUUGCAGGUAUGCAGUUGUCAUGUAGGGAGAAAAGAAACCUCUAAGAAUGUCAUGUUAGGGCACUAAAUUCUUCACAGCGAUUGAUAAAAUGCUCCCUAACCCCACACAGUGAAAUCAGAUGUGGUUGUGCUCUAAGUCUCUGUUCACAUGGUUUCUGUUAAUAACUGAAAUAUGACUCUUUGCUGGAUCUGGCUCAUACAUAGUUUCCAAUAAAUUAACCAUAAUGCAAGUAUGGAGAGCGUCUUUGGCUACAUUCACAUCAGAUAAGUAGCCUAAGUUUGGGGGGAUGGUGUAGAACUGUAUGUCAACGUAUACAGCAGGGUACUCAUCCUGUGUCCAUUAUAUUUUAAUGGAGCGAAUGUAGUCUAAUAUUGACUACUUUUGGCCUUUUUUUUUGGACUGUUAGGGCAAAGAUAUGCCGCGGUGUGUAUGAGCAUGUUGUUCUGUCAGUACGGCAAUGUUUUUCUCAAAUGUAGGCUACUUGUUUGAUGUGAACAGAGCCUUAGAUCAGUAGCCAACCCUCUGAAACUGAUGGUUUCUGCUGAAUUCUGUCUGGUGCACAGCUGGUAUUAGUUCUGCCAGUUUCAACCAGUUAGAACCACUAACUAGAACGAAGAUCGUUUGACACAAAAGUCAUCUGUAUAGUGAAAUUUUAUACAGCGAAUUUACUUGUAAUUGUUGUUUUUCUUACCGUACAAUAUCAGAUCUAGGGUAUGGCCACUUGGGACUGAAAUGCUGCAGAUUUUGACUUCCUUGUUAGUUUACUGGGAAAAUCUGCAGAAACCCUACAUUGACUAUACUAUUACAGUUGUAUGCCCUUCCUUUACCAUGCCUCCUUUUCUUUUUAUCUAGAACACAACACCUGAGUAGAGGCAUACAUGAAACAGCAUGUUUUUAAUAUUAAAAUUGGUAUCUCGCUCCAUUUACAGGAAGACAGUCUCUUUUUGCUAUUUAGUGGCUUGUAUCAGAACACUGCAAUCAUUUUUGGCACAUUGCAGCAACCUAUCGGUUACCUGAUCUUUCUCAUAAGUAAAAGGAGUGUUACUAAAGGUAAAAAGGUCUUUAGGGAAUUUUGUAGUGUUACAUAUAGUUUUUUAAAUGUGGCAUUUUCCUGUAAAGCCACACCGAUGUUGGAGGAGGAGUGUUCAGGCUGCUUUAAUCCUUUCAGGUGGGUACUGUCAGAUUUUAAAAAAAAAUGUAUAUGUUGUACAUUUUGGUAAAACAUUUAACCUUUCUACUAUACUUCAUAAGAAUGUUAUUUCCUUUUUAUAGAUAUCAUUGUUUAUGAAAAUCCAUAGCUUUGUCCAAGCUGAAGCACAGACAUGGACAAAGUCUAGUAUCAGAGAGUACUAUCAGACAAGAUAGAGCACAGAGGAGUGCUAUCAGACAGGAUAGAGCACAGAGGAGUGCUAUCAGACAGGAUAGAGCACAGAGAAGUGCUAUCAGACAGGAGAGAGCACAGAGGAGUCCUAUCAGACAGGAGAGAGCACAGAGGAGUCCUAUCAGACAGGAGAGAGCACAGAGGAGUCCUAUCGGACAGGAGAGAGCACAGAGGAGUCCUAUCGGACAGGAGAGAGCACAGAGGAGUGCUAUCAGACAGGAGAGAGCACAGAGGAGUGCUAUCAGACAGGAGAGAGCACAGAGGAGUGCUAUCAGACAGGAUAGAGCACUGAGGAUUCCUUUCAGAGAGGAGAGGGCACAGAGGAGUCCUAUCAGAGAGGAGAGAGCACAGAAGAGAACUAUUAGACAGGAGAGAGCACAGAAGAGUGCUAGCCCGCCCUGACUUCCUGGACUUUGUCAAUGCCUGUGCUUCAGCUUUUACAAAGCAAUGAUUUUAGAAGCCAUAAUUUCUAUAAAAAGGAAAUACAAUUUUCUUAUGAAGUAUAUUAGAAAGGGUAAUGUUGUGCUAAGAUGUACAACAUAUAAAAAGUUUUUGUAUCUGACCUUGCCCUUUUUAAGGUUUAAAACAUUCACAUUCCCUGACAAAAGCUAUAGACUCCUUAAAAUUGUUGUAAUUAAGAACAUAUAUUUUUCCAGAUCAAGAAACGAAAAACAUUAUAGCAUAAUAAAAAAAAACUAUUACUACUAGAAUAUUUUGUUUUCAUCAGAAAAUUUUGGCCUCAUCCACCCCCUUUCCUGGUUGAGCUUGAUGUACACUGUGUGGGUUUUUGUUUUGUUUAUUUAAAACAAUCAAACUAUGUAACUACUGUAUAUGUAACCCCAAAUCAGUCAGCAGGGGGAGAUUUUGACUUUAUAAUCCUUGACUUCGGUUUCUGGCAAUUUGUUUUCCAUUUAUCUUUGUUGUAAAUUUUAUUGGCAUUUCUAUUUUCAAAGCAAAUUACUUUGUGUUUUCUAUCUUGAUUUUUUUAAGUCUUAGGUCUACCUGAAUGUUUCCUUUUCAUAACCUUCCAAUUUAAUUCAUCCUUGCACUAAAUUUUACACACAGCUGAGUGGGAACAACCAUCAUCACCUGCCACACUCCAUGUUAAAGGAGUUUAAUAGUCUAGUCUAUGUUUCAACUGCCAACUUUCUUCUUGGGGUCAUGUUUUUCUAUUAGGGAAGUCUACAGCUUGGUAAGUGCUAUAAGUGUCUGUCAUUUGUAGGCAUUUGCCAAUAUUUGGAGGAAUGUAACUUCACUUGAUGGUUACAUUAUAUUUUUCACAUGACUGACUGAUUCUGUAAUUUUUUUUUUCACUCUUUCCGAACUGGAAAAACGUGAAUAAUUACAAUAUUUUAUUGUCAAUUGUUUGAUAUUGGCUUAAGGAAACCAGAACGUUCAGCUUUUAAUCCAGUAGAUUUGUGUCAUGCAACAAACAAGUGAGGGAUCCAGCUCCCCUUCCCUUAUGUACAGUGCUCGGACCGGUGCCCGGCAAGGCAUCCAAUAUUGAAGAAAGUAAGUACGGAGGGUCCAGCAAUUUGUUGCAAGCAGCUUUAUUGAA